UACUCUUCCCUUCUGGGUUUUCCAUAUUGGGUGUUCUUGGUUUCUCCUUGCGGGCUUUAUAUACAAAUUGAGGAAAAGGAAGGAGUGAAUAUAAACCCAAACUGGGUUCUUGGCUACACUGAAAAGAAAAGAAAAACCCAAGAUGUUAAAGAGCUUGAAAUUUCUUGAUUGCCUGAGAAAGAAGCAGAUGAUUCUAUUCUGCUGUCUCGUCCCCAUUUGAUAGUGAAUCCCAUUCGCUCCUGUUUCUUCUGACUCUGAAAGGAGCUUCCUUUCUUUAUUCUUGGUUCCUGAGCACUCAAAUUGGCAAGAAAAAAAAAAUUCCAACUCUCCCUCUUAUCAUCUGGGAAUAAUUUGAUUUGAAGUGUGGUAGAUAGGUUUUGUAUUUGUAGUGACCCGGGUCGAAAAGGUUUGAUCUUUCUACACGCUGCACUUGGCUCUCUUGUAUGAAUUUCUGAAACAAUGAGAGAUGAGAACUCCAACAAAGCCAAGUUUUCAUGGACCAAGACUCUGGUCAAGAAAUGGUUCAACAUUAAGAGCAAAGCUGAUGACUUUCAUGCAGAUGACUUAGCCGGUGGAGGCGUUUAUGAUGCCUCCAGGGAGAGGUUUCCAGAGAGGCAGGCAAGCACCCUCAAGAAAAGCAGGACAGUUAAAAUUAAAUCUACAGAGAGGUCCAGCAAAAGGAGCUUGGAACGAGUGCGACAAAGUAAGAUUAUCGACAUUGAUGCUUCACAGGUUACAGAUGUCAAUAACUAUAGGAUAUUUGUAGCUACCUGGAAUGUGGCUGGAAAGUCUCCACCUAACAAUUUAAGUCUAGAUAAUUGGCUGCACUCCUCACCACCUGCUGACAUAUAUGUUCUAGGGUUUCAAGAAAUUGUUCCCUUAAAUGCUGGGAAUGUUUUGGGCACCGAAGAUAAUGGGCCAGCUAGAAAAUGGCAAGCUCUCAUCCGGAAAACAUUAGACAAUCUCCCCGGGAAAAGUGGCAAUUCUUACACACCUUCGCCAGUUCCAAAUCCCAUUGUGGAAAUAAAUCGCCACUCAUUUCAAUCUUUAAGUUACAAUGAAACGAUAGCAAUGGAGAAUUACAUGCCAAUGGCCACACCUAAAAAUGGUCGUCGGUUUAGUGUUUCUGAUAGGGAUGCAUUUCGUUGCACAUCAACUGAUUAUGAGCCAAAUGGGAGCUGGGAUGGUUGGUCUGAUGAUGAGAAUUCUCCGGAUGACAAUUGUCCAGUUUCUUGGAACGGUUGUAGUUACUAUAUGGAGAAAGGAGACAAACAUCCUGCACACCACAGGUACUGUUUGCUUGCGAGCAAGCAGAUGGUCGGAAUUUUUCUGUCUGUGUGGAUAAAAGUGGAUCUUAGGAACAAUGUUCGCAGCCUGAAAGUGUCUUGUGUUGGUAGAGGCUUGAUGGGUUAUCUUGGAAACAAGGGAGCAAUUUCGGUUAGUAUGUCCUUGCACAGAACAAGCUUCUGCUUUAUCUGCAGCCAUUUAACUUCUGGGCAGAAGGAAGGUGAUGAGCUUCGAAGGAACUCCGAUGUGAUGGAGAUUCUCAAGAAAACAAGAUUUCCAAGAGUUCAUGGGAUGGGGGAUGAAGAUUCUCCUCAAUCAAUACUUGAGCAUGAUCGAAUAAUUUGGCUCGGUGACUUGAACUACCGAAUUGCGCUGUCUUACCGCACUGCAAAGGCACUAGUUGAGACGCGAAAUUGGGGGGCAUUACUGGAAAAUGAUCAGCUGAGAAUGGAGCAGAGAAAUGGCCACGUCUUUACCGGAUGGAACGAAGGGCAGAUUUGUUUUCCACCAACUUAUAAAUACUCAAGCAAUUCAGACAGAUACGCAGGGGAUGAUUAUGCGCCUUCGAAGCGAAGAACUCCAGCGUGGUGCGACCGUAUACUAUGGCAUGGCAGUGGCCUCCUUCAAAUGACUUAUAUCCGCGGAGAGUCAAGAUUUUCGGACCAUAGGCCAGUCUGUAGUGUGUUCUUAGCUGAGGUGGAGUCGAUCAGCCAUAGCCGCUUCAGGAAAAGCUUCAGCUAUUCGAGCUCUAGGGUUGAGGUUGAAGAGUUGCUUCCGCGUUCGCGCUUGCGUGGCGAAUGGAGUCCCUAUUACUGAGGCUUGAAGACAUGGUGUGGUGAGAAAGAUAGUUCAUAGUUUAUAAGAAUAGGAAGGAAUAUCAUUUGUUUAUAAUUUUUAGGCUUUUAGCAGAGGUUCAUGAUUGGAUAUCUGUGUACUUAAAAGAAGAAAAAGGAGUUACUCACUCUGUCCCAAAAUAUAAGGGGCACUUACUU